UGAGAUUAAUUAAAAAUUGUGUUGCAGUUCAAGGUCCAAUGUAAACUGUACAUAUACCAGUUCUAAAUAUGUGACUUUAUAGCAUACUGUUUAUAUUUUAUAGAAAUAUGUUCUACUAAAAUUGUGCAUUUUAUUAAGAUUUAAGAACAAACAUGUUUUGGUUUAUAAUCGCUAUUUUAUUAUUAAUUUGUUUCGACUUGUUGUGCGUAAAACCCUAUAGUUUUUGGAAGGACAGAGGAGUUUCUCAGCAACAAGAUUGGUUAAUUGGAGAUAUACUGCAGAUCAUCUUUACAAAAAAAUCGUUUCCUCAAACAAUCAGAGAUCAAUAUAAUGCAUUUCCUACAAAAAGGUAUAUUGGAAUGUAUCAAUUAGGACAUCCAGCUUUAAUGGUGAGAGAUUUGGAUUUGAUUAAACAAAUUACUAUUAAAGACUUUGAUCAUUUCACUGAUCACAUAUCGUUUUUCCCUGAAUCAGUCGAACCUCUCUGGACACGAAACUUAUUUUCUUUAAAAGGCGAGAAAUGGAGGGAUAGUCGAGCGACUUUGAGUCCAGCUUUUACGAGCAGUAAAAUGCGGUCCAUGUUCACUUUGAUGGAUGAAUGCGCAGAAAAAUUUGUCAAGUUUUUCGUCGAACAGAAAAAAGACGUAGUUUCUGUUGAGCUGAAAGAUAUCUUUUCAAGAUUCGCCAAUGAUAUAAUAGCAACAUGCGCUUUCGGUAUUCAAUGCAAUUCAAUUAAAGAUAGAGAAAAUGAGUUUUACAGAAUGGGAGAUGAACUAACUGAUUUUGGAUUUUGGAAAACGCUCAAUUUUUUUUUGUCACUCACAAGUCCAAAAUUGAGUCGAUUGUUUGGUGCUAGCUUUUUCAAUAAAAAUACUAUUGAUUAUUUCGAAAAUGCAAUUUCGCAAUCGGUGCAAAUACGCGAAAAGAACAAUAUCGUUAGACCAGACAUGAUUCAUCUGCUCAUGGAAGCUGGAAAAGGUCGUUUGAAGCAUGAGGAAUCUUUGACUGAUAAGGAAACUGGUUUCGCAACAGUCGAAGAAUCCGAAGUUGGAAAAUCUACAAAACCUCAUAAAUCAGAAAUUACUGUAAAAGAUAUAGCGGCACAUGCACUAUUUUUCUUCUUUGCUGGAUUCGAUUCUGUAUCUACGUUGAUGAUUUAUAUUGCUUACGAAUUGGCUUUGCAUCCGGAUAUACAAGAUCGUCUUCGCAAUGAGAUUGAUGACGCUUUGAAGGAAACAAACGGAAAAGUGACUUAUGAUUCUGUUACCAAAAUGAAGUAUUUAGAUAUGAUCAUUUCUGAAACUUUGAGGAAGUGGCCUGGUACUGUUGCCAAUGAAAGAGUAUGUGUGAAAUCAUAUACUGUUGCUCCUUUGAAUCCUGGUGAACCGGAGGUUAAAUUCAAUGUAGGAGAUUCAGUUUUGUUUCCAAUUUAUGGAAUUCAUAUGGAUCCUAAAAAUUUUGAAAAUCCAGAUAAAUUUGAUCCGGAACGUUUUAAUGAAGAAAACAAAUGUAAAAUAAAGCCUUAUUCAUUUAUGCCCUUUGGCGUUGGACCUAGGAGCUGCAUUGGUUCUAGAUUUGCUUUAUUGGAGACGAAAGUGCUUUAUGUUCAUCUUUUGAAGAAUUUUGAAAUUGUGGUUAUUAAGAAAACAGAUAUUCCAUUACCUUUAAAGACGACGGGUUUUGGUUUUCUGGCUAAAAAUGGAGUAUGGGUUGGAUUAAAACCGAGAAAUAUAUAAUCCAAUACAAUAAUAAAUUAUUUUAUUAUAUUUAAAAAAUUAUAUCUAUAUUAAUAAGACAAAAAUUGUAUGUAUUUAUAAUAUUUGAUAAUAAUAUUUAUUGUAUAAAUGUUGCUAAAAAGACUGUCAACCGAAGA